AUGGGUCGCCGCCCAGCUCGUUGUUAUCGCUAUUGCAAGAACAAGCCCUACCCCAAGAGCAGAUUCUGCAGGGGUGUGCCUGAUCCUAAGAUCAGGAUCUACGAUGUCGGUUAUAAGAACGCCUCCGUAGAUGAGUUGAGGGUGGCCGCUGCUGAAGGAAUUGCUUACAUCAACGUCACCAGCUUGGACUUGAUGUUCGAAGGUGCCGUGUCAAUAUCAUUGCUCGCGAACCAAAUGCCUAACCUGCAGAAGCUCUGGAUGAAUAAACUAGAACAGAAAAGUGAUCUCAUUCUUGAAAAGCUUUGA